UACAUGUAUGUGAUUCUUUUGGCGGUAGCUGCAAGUUCUUCCUAAAUGAUAAACCCGAAUAUACUACUUGGCAACCGCCACAUCCUCCGAUUCGAUGUCAAAAGUCACACUCUCUCAAAAGUCACACAACCUCUCUGUGAUACUUUUUUUCUGCAGGAGCGGCGCAAUCAGAAAUGGAGAAAGCCGUCCGUUGUGGUUAUUUAUUCUUCCGCUUCACCAGCGCUGGAAAGACUUGCCCCAUGAAGAAAUUCGUUCAGCUCGGCGGCGGCCACGAGAACGGCUGUCCGCAGCUGCUGGUCUACGAGGACGAAAGGAAGUCCAUGGCGAUGAGCAACUGCCUGUGCAUGGUCCUCGGGCAGGAGGUGGAGGAGGCGAAGGGGUGGCAGGGGGAGGCGACGUGGGACCGCUUCUCCUUCAAGGUUGUUACCCGUGACUAUGAAUACAUAUUUUCUGCUGCCAGCGAGAGGGAGCGAGACACGUGGCUCGAGGAUGUAGUGAGGAUAUUUUUCCGGUCGCCGGUGGACAAGACGCAGGAUCAGGGCUCGGCUACCCAAAGCGUGAUUGAAUAUGAAAAUCCUUACAAAUAUAUGCGAAAGUUUCUGGUGACGCUAGAUGCCCGGACGUCCAAGCUGCUGGGCGCGAGCGGCUGCAUAAUGCUGUCCAUAGAGGGCUUUUACCUGACAGCCACUUAUGUUGACGGAAACAGACUGGGUCGCUUCGAUAUCUGUGAGCUUCGGCGUUACGGAUUCACGGACACCACUUUCCACCUGUCGACGGGGAGGAAGAACAUGUUCGGGGAGGGCACGUACACGUUCGUUACGCGGCAGGGGCAACAUAUUUACACCAACUGGAAGGAUGAGGUGCGCUUAGCCAAGGCGUCCGGGAGAACGAAGCCUUCACCCGGGGAGAUCGAGGCCCUCCAGCCGGACCACGACCACCCGCUCUUCACCAAGCCGGGACACACCUAUGAGAAGAACGAAGACUAUGUCGCGAAAACCUGGUCCUCGAUUGGCUAUUCCUCCUUGGACUCGUCAGACUCCUCAGGAGACGAGGAGACGGACCCCGAGAAGCCAAAGGAGCGUAGUCCAGGCAGCGCACCUCCUCCUCCACCUCCUCCUCCACGACGGUCGCAGAAAGCCCUCAGCUGGCGAGAGAGCGAGCCCCGACGCCCACGACGGUCGCAGAAAGCCCUCAGCUGGCGAGAGAGCGAGCCCCGACGCCCACGACCGGUGGUCGCAGAAAGCCCUCAGCUGGCGAGAGAGCGAGCGCCGACGCCCACGAGCCCCUUCAGAGAGUACGAGUGGCAGAUCAAGACGAUGAUGGUGCUGGAGUUGGCCAAGGAGCUGUGCAAGGGCGACCGCAGACGCUACUGCGAGGUCCUCAACCAAUUUCUGGAGAGAAACGGGAUGACGCCCCUGGAGUGGGACUCGAUAUUCGGGUCGGAGGGGCCGCUGGGCUUCGUGCCGACGGGCUCGACGUGGGACGCCUCGUCAGGGUCACCUCGAAGCAGCUGCGAGUGAAAUGCUUCCACGAUCACAAGGGCAGAAGAGAGAGAGUGAGUGAGUGAGUGAGUGAGUGAGUGAGUGAGUGAGUGAGUGAGUGAGUGAGUGAGUGAGUGAGUGAGUGAGUGAGUGAGUGAGAUGAGAGAGAGAGAGAGAGAGAGAGAGAGAGAGAGAGAGAGAGGUGAGUGAGUGAGUGAGAGAGAGAGAGUGAGUGAGUGAGUGAGUGAGUGAGAGAGAGACAGAGAGAGAGGGAGGGACGGGAGGUGUCCAUACCUUGUCUGAUCCUGAAGCUGCAGUAGUGCUCCUCAUAAAGAAAAGAACUGCACUAUCAAAACAGACAUGACACUGAGAUUGCAUUGUUGCUGAAGCUCACCUAUGCUCACCAUUAAGCCUCUCGUUGUUAUCAUUUUUUAUGUUGACUAUAUGUUUAUUCCUUCAUUGUGGGAAAUUAUUUUGAAUAUAGUUUUUGUCU